UAACCUUAAAAUCGUUUGUCAAGUUGACAGUAGUAUUACUGUUCUUAUCAAAUAAAUCGAAAUUCAAAAAAGAAUUUGUCAGACGAUCUGUUUUUAUUGCCAUUUUUCUCUGUUGAUUAGAGAUAUGUCUAUGUUAAAUAUAAAUUCUGAACAAACGAUCUGAGCUAUAUAAAUGAUAUAUUGAAAAUUUCAACAAUUUGGUAUACCAAAUCGCAAUGGCAGGGAAAAAUUUCAAUUUUUCACUCAACAAUCCCAGAACUCACGAAGAAAAUGACUUAUAUCUUCAAAGCAGAAGGUUUGGAUAUAAUGUCGAAGAUGAAUUCUUGAGAACACAAGAGGAGUAUAUGAAUGCCAGAAUAAGAACUCCUCAUUCUUUAUAUUCUCAUAGAACUUCUCAUUACAUGAGUCCUAAUGCCGAAGAAGUCAGUUUCAAGGGAUAUGUGGCUUCAGGAGUAUCUUUUGUCAGUUUAGUAGCUGAAAAUAUAUUGUGCCAUCCAUUUCUAGUAUUACGCAGGCAAUGUCAGGUGCAUCCCUCAUCAUUGAAGUAUCACCUUUUGCCAUUCACGUUAAUCCCAUCUGUCUAUCAUUUACAUCAACGUCAAGGAUUGACCAUAUUGUGGAAAGGACUUGGUUCCGUUUUACUCGUUCGAGGUAUGUCAUUAGGUGUGGAAGAUUUAAUAUCAAGAGUCACACCAUGGCCUGACACCAUCACUAUGCAUAGUGGACUGAAGCAAUUCUUUCAACAUCUUAUGUUGAAAUGUGUCAGCUUAGCUAUAGUAACUCCAUUUUACUCUGCCUCGUUUGUUGAAACAGUGCAGAGUGAAAUAGCAAGUGAAAAACCUGGAAUACUUGAUGUAUUCAAAGAAGGGUUUAUUAGGUUGUUGAAUUGGAAUGAUGGUCCCAAAGGUCGAUUGAUACCAAUCUGGGCACUUGUUCUUCCAACAGUAACAUUAGGUUUGGCCAAAUAUCUCUUCUCCCUUAUGGUGAAAAGUGUUUCUACUAAAGUUCUACAUGCUAAGGUUAAAUCCGAGCACGAAACUACAGGAGCUCUACCAAAAAAUUCUGGCGAAUAUCAAGAUAUCAAUUUAACAGCUUCUAUAAUAUCCCUGAUUGCUAGUGAUAUCAUUUUUUAUCCUUGUGAAACAAUUGUUCAUCGUUUACACUUACAGGGAACACGAACAAUAAUCGAUAAUUUGGAUAAUGGUAGUUCAGUUCUUGCUGUUUUAACAAACUAUACAGGAGCUGCAGAUUGUUAUGAGCAAUGUUUAGCGUCUGAAGGGGUGUUUGGACUUUACAAAGGAUUUGGAGCUUUAUUAGUACAGUAUGCCCUGCAUAUAGGCCUAGUUAAAUUUACAAGAUUUUUUUUCAUGGAAAUUGGUUCAAUGAUGAGUAAACCGAAACCUCCACCAACCCCUAGUGUUCACGACAAUUCUCCCCCAGCACUAGCGAAUUUGUCAACUGUCAGUAAAUCCUACUUAUUACCAUAGUUUACAAUACCUAAUUGAACGGAAAUUUUGUUGUGUUUGUUAUUUGUAUAUAUACUAGGAAGUAUAUCUUUGUUGUAAGUUUGUAAUAAUUCGAAGAAGUGAUAAAAGUUUGAUGAUUUUUUUUUUCA